UGGAACUAAUUUGUCUACUUUUGAAGUUGCCGUCAAAAUGACCGACCUCGCUCGCAAACGUUGUACACAAAAGGUCCAUUCUGCGUAAUAUUGAGAUCAUUAUCAUGAUUUUAAGUCUAUAGAAAAAUUCUUUCUGUGCUUCUUCUUCCACUUCCUCCAGAUUCCCACAUAAUUGUCAAAUGGAAUCGAGCGGUAACCAUGUCUGAACAAGUUCCACCUCCUCCGCCGCCGGAAGUCUUAGUAUUGGGUCCGCCUGGUAUUUUCCGAACAAAAAACUACGAGAAAUUAUUCGAUGACAGGUUCCGAGUCCUUAAACCAUGGCAAUCUCCGGUUCCUCUGUUUCAAUUCCUACAAACCCACGCCCAGAAUACCAGAGCCUUGGUUUGUGGCGGUGGUUUUAAGCACCUCGGAUCCGAAACCCUCGACCGUUUACCUUCCCUCGGCGUUGUUGUGGUCACAGCUGCUGGCCUGAACCAUAUUGACCUCCAAGAGUGUCGCCGCCGUGGCAUCGCGGUGGCGUACGCCUCCACCAUAUUCUCGCCGGAUGUCGCCGACUUGGCGGUUGGGUUGCUGAUCGAUGUGUUGAGGAGAAUUACUGCCGGUAACCGAUUCGUGAAAAGUGGGAUUUGGCCGGUUAAGUCGGUUGAAGGUUCCUAUCCUCUUGCCACCAAGUUGUCACAUAAGCGCGUUGGCAUAGUUGGAUUAGGAAGCAUCGGCCAAGAAGUUGCAAAGAGACUGGAGGCCUUCGACUGCAAAAUUUCAUACCAUUCAAGGAGCAAGAAGUCUUCGGUUUCCUACCAGUUUUAUUCGGAUGUCCGCGAAUUAGCAGCAGAUUGUGACAUCCUUAUAAUUUGCUGUGCGUUGAAUGAUCAAACAAAUCAUCUAAUCACUAAGGAAGUCCUCGAGGCGCUUGGAAAGCAUGGUGUGAUCAUAAAUAUUGCCCGUGGAGCUAUCAUUGAUCAAAAAGAACUUGUGCAGUUUUUGCAAGAAGGAAGAAUUGCAGGUGCAGGAUUGGAUGUUUUGGAAAACGAACCAUAUGUUCCUCCUGAGCUUUGCGAAUUGAACAAUGUUGUGUUGUCGCCUCAUUUCGCUGUCUAUACGGAGGAAUCGUUCAGGGAUUUAUGUGAGCUCGUAGUUGGGAAUUUGGAUGCUUUCUUCUCAAACCAACCACUACUUUCUCCUGUCUUGAAGGAAUGAACCCAAGUGUCUUGAAGCCAUUUCCACGACCCUCAAUCUUCGUGAUCAUUUUGGGCAUCUUAUACCUGUAGAAGGCAUUGUCACUGUUGCCGGGGCCAAUGUUCUGCAUCUCCAUUUUUUUUUUUUUUUUUUGUUAGCCCAAACUACUGAUCUGAUCUAGCCAAAUCCUCCAAGAAAAGCUCCGUUCUUUUUCCUUGAUUUAAGACAGCAUUCGCCAAGCAACGCUAUUGAUCCACAACAGUCUUUGUUUCAGACAUAAAGCAGAUAUGCACCUGGAGGCUGCAUAUAAGCGAAAUCAAGACAUUAUAAGACAAGGCCAUCCAUCACAUGCUUAAGAAUUUUUGAUAAGUUAGAAGAAUCACUAGUGUCAAGCUCGAAACAAAAUCAGCCAAAAAAAAAAAAAAACGCAUUUUUAUUCGUCAUCAGAUACAGAAACUUUGAACACUUACAUAAAAAAAAGAUACAGAACUGCAUUAAGAAAUUCUUGUUUCAAAGAGAUAUAUAUGAUGUCAUGUAAAUCACAUGAUCGAAUAUCACUGC